GUUUUUGUUUUCAAUCUCUUAUUUCUGACCGCCGCCUCCUAUUAGGGUUUCUUGAGGACCGUUAGCUUGAAAGGCCAACACCCUAUCACCAAAUCACUCUUAGACUAGAUAUUUUCCGGUUUUAAUAGAUUUCUUGGUGUUUUAGAAACGCAUUCAGCAUGAAAGAAGAUGGGAAUUUUUAUUUUUUUUCAUUGAUUCAAUCUUUUUUUUUUCAACACUCUGGUGGGAAUUUUGUUUACUAAGAAAAAAAAGCAAAUAAAUGUGAAAUGUGAAAUGUGGAUGCAGUGGCUCCGCUUGUGGAGUUUUUUUUUUUACUGUUGGGAUUUCUCUAGAAAGAAUGAUCUUGCAGCUAUCUAUUUUUCUUUCAGGGGUCAAUGCUUUUGAAAGAAUUUGGUUUGUUUUGGGAAAAAAAGAAAGCUGAUUUUAAACCUAAGACAGGGCAAAUGAUGUCUUACACUUGAUCUCUGAACUUCAGGUAAGUUCACUUGUUGACAAGCUCUUUACUGAUGCCCAUGUUCUUGUCCUUUAUUCUGGUCCUUCAUCUCUUUCGAAGGUGCAAGGCUACUGUAAUUGCUCCAAGAAAAGGCCAAAAAAUGAAGAAGUAGGCUGAAGGGUUACUUUGUUAAUCCGUUGUGAUGUUUUGAGUUUGAACAGAUAAGUUUUAAACUUGUGUAUUCUGGUUUGAUAAAACAACUGCUGUAAACUAAAGAACGAGCUUGGAGAAUUUUUUUGAUUUUGUUCUUCUUACACUGCUAUCUUGCAACUACAGGUCUUUGGUAUGGAAUUAUUUUAAAUUUUUUAUUGCCACUGAGUGAUUUGUUAAAGAACAUGAUAAUUUUGAAAUCAAUAUAGAAAUUCUUUGCAAAGGUUCAUAUCUAUGUUUUUUAUUUUGGUUAUUGAUGGUAGGUCUCUGUGCCUGGAGUUGAAUGUGAAUUUGCUUGCCUGCCUGCUUGCCGUUGCUGUUUAUAUGAUGCCUUUGUCCAUUUUCAGGCAAGAGAAAUGGGUAAUAAAUCAAAAAGAAUUAUGUGGCCAGGCGGGAUGUGUUUAAAUGGACAGAACGUAUGGAUGAUGCCUUCAUUAAUGCCCUUGUCCGUCAACAAAGGCUGGGAAACAGGGUUGAUAGAGUUUUCACAACUGCAGCCUAUGAUAAUAUGGUGAGGGAAUUGCGUGAAAACAUCGGCAUGCCAUUUGAAAAAGAUCACUUGAAGAAUCGUUUGAAGACCCUUAAAAAUAAUUUCAAGGAGUGCUUUGACAUUUUUAAUGGUGCAAAUGGUUUUGUCUGGAGCCCUGAAAAUAAAGUGUGGGUUGCGAAGCCUGAAACAUGGAAAGCCUUUGUAAAGGCAAAACCUAAUGCAAAAAAAUGGAUGACUACACCAAUUGCCCAUUAUGAUGAGCUGUCACUGCUUUUUGCAAAAGAUAGAACCAAGUCAAACGGUGCUAAUACCACGAAGGAGAAAGCAGACCAAUGGGUUGGCUCUGGAAGUCCCUACUUGCUUGAUGGUUUCAACUUGCCAAACGAAGUUACACUUAACCUUGAGGACUCAAACGAGAUGAAUGGUGGUACAAGUCAGCUAGCAACUCCUGUUGAAGCAAAUUCCCAGGCAGAUUCUCAAGGAUGUUCUCAUUCUGCAACAUCAUUGAAAGGCAAAAAGCGCAAGGCUUCAAGUGUUGAUGCAGUUGAGAGAGAGCUCAGAGGCAUAAAGGAUGCAAUUAAAGAAGUUGCACGGGCAAUUAGGGAGGGAAAUCUCAUUGCCGAGAGAGGACGCCCCCGUGUUUACUCCGAGCAAGAAGUUUUCUCAGAAUUGGUGAAGAUAGGAGUUGAAACACAUCUACGGUACAAGGCCUACACUUUCCUUGUUGCAAAUUCUGGGAGGGUAAGGGCUUUCUUUGGUUGCCCGCCUGGGGAGCGCAGGGAAUUUUUGCUGCACAUGAUGUAUAGUCCUGAUGACUCUUCAACUCUUGAUUGAUAAGUUUGUGUUCCAAUUGAACUGUUAAUAUCUGCAUUGUUCUUGGGGGAGAGUUUUUCAACGUAAGUAACUCUGUCCAAGAGUUUCCUCUCUUUUUUUCCUCUGUAGAUUUGGUUGGGGAAUAGGACAGGUAACUGUAACCCAAGCUUGUGUAUACAUGAUGGCUGAUCAAUGUAGCAUUCAGGUGAUUGUCAUGGAGAAUAAAUUAAACUUGACUAGAUGGAAGAAAAA